ACCAUUUCCUCUUCCUCUUCCCCCUCCCAUCUUUGCAUCCAGAUUCAUCGUUGUCUUCUCUUCACUGGAAUGCUCUUCUCCGAUUAAACUGCAUUUCGUUAUUUUAUUAUAAAUCUGUUUCGUUUUCAUUUUUCAUCUCUAUUUCUAUCUGAAUCCGGAUUUCCGCUCCUUUGAUGGAAGCUUCUUCUUCGUCUACAACCACUCCUCGCCGGUCGUUCUUCCGAUACUGUCACUGUAGUUUUUUCAGGCGUUGUUGUCGCUGUUUCUGCUGUUUCUACUCCUAUCCUUAGGUGUUCGUUGAAUUCGUUUUGUUCAUCGUCUUCUUCUGCUGCUGAUUUUCGGGAUUAUGGAUUUUCGCCAUGCCCAGUCGGAUCUUUCUUUACGAUUUAGUUCUCAUGCCACAUCUUCGAUAUCUAGAAGCUCGAUUGGGGAUAACUCGAGCUAUUUGUGUUCGACGGCGUCGAAUUCGUCGUACUUGUUAGAACUCCGUGAGCAAAAGGACGAGAAAUUCAAUUUUGUGAAAGGGGACCCGGAUGAUCAUAGCGAUGAUGAGAAGUUCAGCCUUCUAGGGCAACCCUUGCGUGUGAAGAGGCAGAGAGACAGUCAAUCGUUUCUCAACCAGGAUUCUGCGAAACGGUUAGCGAUUAUGGAUGAAUCGAGCCUUGAGGCUAGACGAGCGUCGGUUAGGGCAUGGGGGAAUCAGUCGCUUCGAAUUGCCGACCCGGAAAUUCAUGAUAUUAUGGCGAAGGAGAAGCAGAGACAAUAUAGGGGUAUUGAAUUGGUUGCUUCGGAGAAUUUUGUGUGCAGGGCUGUUAUGGAAGCCCUAGGUAGCCAUUUGACGAAUAAGUACUCUGAGGGAAUGCCUGGCGCUAGAUACUAUACGGGUAAUCAGCACAUAGAUGAGAUUGAAUUGCUUUGUUGUGAGAGAGCGUUGGCCGCUUUUGAUCUAGAUCCUGAGAAAUGGGGAGUGAAUGUGCAGCCUUACUCUUGUACAUCAGCAAACUUCGCUGUGUACACCGGUCUUUUGCACCCAAAGGAUCGAAUUAUGGGUUUGGAUUCAGCAUCGGGAGGACAUCUUAGUCAUGGGUAUUAUACUCCGGGUGGGAAAAAGAUUUCAGCGGCUUCUAUAUUCUUUCAAAGUCUACCUUAUAAAGUGAAUCCCCUAACUGGGUACGUUGAUUAUGAUAAGCUUGAAGAGAAGGCGCUUGAUUAUCGUCCGAAAAUACUAAUCUGUGGAGGAAGCUCGUAUCCACGCGAAUGGGACUAUGGUAGAUGUAGGCAGAUCGCAGACAAAUGCGGAGCAAUUCUGAUGUCCGACAUGUCCCAUAUAAGCGGUCUUGUGGCGGCCAAGGAAUGUGUUAGUCCGUUUCAAUAUUGUGAUAUAGUAACUUCAACAACACACAAAAGUCUCAGAGGGCCCAGAGGAGGUAUUAUCUUUUUCAGGAGGGGUCUAAAAUCGAGGAAGCAAGGCGUGCUUCUAAAUCAUGGAGAUGAAACUGGUACUUAUGACUUUGAGGACAGGAUAAACUUUUCCGUUUUCCCGUCGUUACAAGGGGGUCCCCAUAAUAAUCAUAUUGCUGCACUCGCCAUAGCGUUAAAGCAAGUGGCUUCUCUUGAGUACAGAGUAUAUAUUCGACAGGUGAAGAAAAAUGCGCAGGCUUUAGCAUCAGCUUUAUUGAGAAGAAAAUGUAGAUUGGUAACUGAUGGUACAGACAAUCAUUUGGUGCUGUGGGAUCUUAUUCCUUUGGGACUAACAGCCAAGAACUAUGAGAAGAUCUGUGAGCUAUGUCAUAUUACAGUGAACAAGUGUGCCAUCUAUGGUGACAAUGGAGCCAUUUCUCCUGGAGGAGUGAGAAUAGGCACUCCUGCAAUGACAACCAGAGGUUGCCUAGAGGCUGAUUUCGAGACGAUUGCUGAGAUCCUUCUUAAAGCAGUUCAGAUCACAAAAAUGGUCCUUCAUAGGGAACACGGAAAACUACAUAAAGAUAUAAUGAAGAAUUUACAAAACAACAAAGAUAUUAUGGAGCUUCGAAACCGCGUUGAGGCCUUUGCUGCUUCAUUCGCAAUGCCAGGAUUCGAUAUAUGAAUGUAUGAGCCUCUGCUUUUACACCACAGCUUCACUUGGUAACCUCAAACACGAACAAAUUCAUGCCCCCCCACUUGUUUGCCUGUAAAUUAUAGAAAAAAAGGUUGAAGAUAGACAUGAAUGAAUCAUUCAUAUACUUGUAACUGUGAAUCCCAGAUUACAAUAGGGAGGUUUUUACCUCAAAUAUCUCCCAUGUUUGGUGCCA